AUGCCUCAGGCUGGCCCCUCUAAAUCGGGCUGCUGCUUCUGCCCCCUCUCUCCCUCUACCCAGCGCCCACGCCGACUGUCAUUGCAUGCGAAGGAACUGGAUGCCUUUUUGCUUCUGUCUCGCUCGUUUAUAGAGCAUUCUUCGGGGUCAGCUUACGACUCCUCAUCAGAAAACUCAGGCAAGAUGGCUACCCACACAGGGAAGGACGACUUCUGCCUUGAAUGCCAUUGGGAGUCCUUUCAUCUAGACGGGAAAAGCUCGGAGGGUUCGUCCGUGGCCCCGGCGUCUGACUACUGCCCUGAUAAGGAGCAAAAUGCCUCGGAAGCCCAUGUCGACGGCGCCUGCUGCGACACCGACAACUGCUCCAUUACCUGCCCCUCAGUCUGCGACGGCUUUGUCGACUGCCACGACGAAGAACACGACGACACCUGCUCCGCGUCUAGAUGUGAAGAGCCACACUGUCAUGAUCCUGCCCCUAUCUGCUUCGACGAGCACUGCUUUGAGUCCGACCAUAACCCUGAGAUCACAGACCACUCAUUGGAGUCAUUGUUCGGACUGGGGAUACCGAUGCCUUCAGACAAGAACGACUUUACACUCCCUUUGGAGCAGUGCCAGGCAGACCAGUUGUCCAAGCCAACCGAGCAUGCCGCUGCAGACUUGAAUGCUCACCUGUGUGCUGGUGCCUUUUUCAAUCCCGACUCAAUAGCACUCACUCCCUGUCAUCCUCCUCACAGCUACCAUCAUGACCCUCACUCUGCAAACCUACCCCAUAUCCCUCCGGCACAAAAUAUGCUGCCACCAUCAUUACCAAUGCCAAAUGAGGUUAACCCCUCCGACGUCUUCCACAUGCUUGGAAUGUGCCCUGACUAUUCGAAUCAUUUCCACGUCCACGAAGCAUCAAACUGCUCUGAGAACCUCGACGGCGGCGCCACUUCCAACAACUUCACUUGCCUCCAUCUUGACGAUGAGAGCCUAAACAGUCUGAUGAAAAACCCUAUCUAUACGAGCAACAACCUUCCCGCAAGGGGACCCUGCCGCUCGAACCAUCGUUGCCGAAGCCACCACGCACACGCUCACCACUUCUCACCCUACUCUCGUCACUCUCGAUCAAGUUUCAGCUCUCAAAUACUCCCUAGCCCUGGUGAAACACCACCUCCGCUAGAUGGCGGUAUAUCCUCGAUAAUAACAAGCCCCGACUUUUCCCCGACAGACGGUGAGUUACAUGUCUGCAAAUGGGUGUCGAGUUCCCAUGGGGCCAAGACCAGCUGUGGUGCUACUUUUUCGAGUUCUUGCGCUCUUCAGGAGCAUCUUGUCUCUCAACAUAUGGGUCCGGUCAAUGGUGCCAAGGGGAUCGGAUACUACUGCUGCUGGGAGGGGUGCGGUCGUCCCGGGGAGCCAUUCUCACAGAAGUCGAAGCUGCAGGGCCAUUUCCUCACUCACAGCAAUUACAAAAACUUUCAAUGCUCGGUUUGUGGAAAGCUGUUCGCCCGGCAAGCAACUCUCGAGCGUCAUGAACGAAGUCACCGUGGCGAGAAGCCAUACAAGUGUACAGAGUGCGGCAAGUCCUUCACGGAUAGCAGCGAACUAAAAACUCACUCCCGAACUCAUACCGGCGAGAAACCGUUCAAGUGCACGUAUCCGGGUUGCAACUUCCAAACUGGCGAUUCAUCAAAUAUGUCUAGCCACAGACUCACACACGGCGAACGAAGACACAAAUGCGUUCAUCCCGGCUGUAACAAGAGCUUUACUCGACCUGACCAACUCAAACGACACAUGCGCUCAACACACAAAACCGAACUCCAAAUCCCCACCCCAAUCCUCGGUUCUAUGUCUCCGAUAGACGAUCAAUUCGCACUGCAGGCGUCUUUCGGCAUGGCGUAA